AUGAGCGAUAUCCUGAAGCCUGCAGUGCACGUGAACUUCAGAAAAAGCCUCCAAGGCCAGAAGGUCACAAUUCCUAGCAUAUAUGAGACCUUUCCUGAAUGGAAACCUCAAGUGCACCCAGAAUACAAAAGAGCCAGAGCUGAGGUUCUUGACCCAUGGAUUCAAAAAUGGGUACCCAACAAGCGUACAGUCAAAGGACUCCAAGCCGCUGACUUUGGGGUUUUUGCCGCAGUAUGGGCACCAAAGGCGUCCUUUGAUGUCCUUUGUACAGCGGCUAAAUACUUUGCUUGGUAUUUUGUGUAUGACGACAUUUUUGAUUGUGGCGCCUUGAAAUACGACGAGCCUUUAGCAAACACCUAUCGGGAGGCAAGCCUUCAAUACUUUAGGUUUACACUGCUAGGAGAAGGCGCUGCACCUGAUCUCUCAGUCUUCCACAUUGAACUUCAAAAUGCCCUGUAUUGCUGGGAUGAGGUUGGCCACCACAUUGGUCAAGUGUGCUCUAGAGGGACGAGACAGGUUCUGUGUGGCGAAAUGCUGCGAUAUGUCGAUAGUCUCAACAACGUGGAUAGCCUUUUUGCUGUCAAGGAGAUUCCUUCAAUCGAUGAGUAUUGGGAACGGCGCGAGGCGACUGCUGCCGCCCAUUGUGUCACCGCUACAAUUCCGUUCAUCUACGGAAUAGAUAUCGAUGAAGCAGACGUGCAAAAUCAACCUAUGAAGGAUCUAUGGAAACAUACUUCCUAUUUUGUCCACAUAACUAAUGACAUGCUCUCAUUCCGGAAAGAGGUGGAUGACGACCAAAUCGAAAACUUGAUCCCCGUUUUGAUGCUCAAUUCCCAAAUCGAUUGCAAUACGGCAAUGGAUCAAAGCUAUCAGCUACUUCAUAACGAAGCAAAGGGCUUCAACAGUGCAAAAGAACGCCUUCUUGAAGCUACGGACCCGAAAGUAAUAGUCAUUGCAGAGGCUUUCAUUGAAGGAUGCCUCAAUGUUGCAGUUGGCCUUGCUCACUGGAGCUACUGCGGAGACCGGUACUUCAGACCUUCAGAUCGACAGGAGAACAAUGUGAUAAGUUUCACCAUUGGAGCAUCUCACACUCAGCAACACUAUCAUGAAGAGUCCGAGACGCUGAAGGCCUCCUCGAAACAAAGUCAUCUGCCUCCCACUCCACUUCAGAGCAUGAUCUAUAGUGUAGUACCAUUUGCGCCGUUGAUCAUGUUGAGUAUAGUGAGCAUACCAAGUGUGAUCCAACAAUUUGGGGGUCCGAGUAGUUGGGGUGUUUGA